AUGAUAAGGAGAGGGCCAGCGGCCAGCUGUUCACCUGAGGAGGUGCUAAAUGACUGGUACAUGAACUCAGGGCAGGCCUGCAGCGGGUUGAGGCACCAGUGCCAGGUAGAUACAAGGGAACACUAUGGCCAGACCCACAUACACACAUAGCCUGCAGCUCAGGCAAUCAGUAGUGACACACCUCACACCUCAUCAUGUAGCUCAUCAACUCUAUUGGUAAAGGUUGCAUAGGGACAGCUCAGCUAUGACAGGCUCACGCAGAGUCAAACUCACAGCUUUCUAGCUCAGUGUUUAGUCCUGUAAGCACUACCAGCAGCAGUAGCAGUACUGUUGUUUGUUCUCCGUUAUUUGAUUUCUGAAUCAAUGUUUAUGGGAUGAAUCAUGUGUUGGCUGAUAAGCUGCAGGACAUUUGUUUGUUAUCAGGCGAGAGUCACUGCACAAGCUCUGUAAUAGAAAAAAGCAUUAUGUUAGUAGGCAAAUGUGGAACAUUAUUCACUUUUUUUCUGGCCGAGUUCUACAGUAAUCGUGAACUAGACCAGUCUGACAGUGUGUUAUGUUCUGUGAAGACCACAAGAGGGAGUCUUUUCCGUGACAGGUGUGUCACUGUCGGGGUGUACUGAGCUCAGAUACAUAAGAGGAAGGGAGACACUCACUCACUGUUUAUAACAUUUUGGGGGGAGUUCAAUUAAAGUCAAUGAACUAAGUAGACCGGACCCAGCUGCUAUUGCAUUGGUGUCUAUGGGAGACACUCAGACACACCCAGUUAAGUAGAACAGACUGUUUUUUUCGAUGGUAAACAGCCUAAGUGAAAUAUCUUCAUUUAUCCACCAGCAGCUGCCACAAUUGGUGACUUCAUUGAUGAAUCAUGGUGACUUAGAAAUACAUCUCCUUGGAUACAUCACAAUAACAAUAUCUCAAUCAAUAUUUCAUUUGUUAUAAGGACAUUAUAAGGAUCUUAUUCAAGCGCACAUGAUGCCAUUUUGAUUUUCUCACAGAUCAAUAUAAACCCUACAGAGGUAUGUCCUACCCUGUGCAGCUCUGUCUGUCCACCUGUGCUUCAGGUGACGUGAUACCUGUAGAUGAGGCCUCCUUCCUGUUUGUAGAUCUGCCCAGAGAGAGAGGGAGAGAGAUAUAAGGAGAGAGAGAGAAAGAGACGAGAGAGGAGAGAGAGAUAGAAGUAGAGAGGGAGAGAGGAGAGAGCUCUCCUCUCCGCCCCUCCAUUCUCUCUCUCCUGCUCUUCCCGUUCUCUCUCUCUCUCUACUCUUUCUCUCCCUCUCUCUCAUCAUCUUCUCCCUCAUCUCUCUCUCCUUCUCCUCUCUUUUUGGAAAAAUUUUUUUUUAAAAAAAUUUUUCUAUUUUUGACCCUUUUUGGCAAUGACUCAAACGUUUUCUUAUCUCCAAAGGGUUUUUUCCCCUGUUGCCCGGGAUUUUCCCAUUUAGAGUUUCCCCUUUUUUUAUGUUUUUUUGGGGGGGGGUUGGGAAAAACCCCUUUAAUCCCUAAAUUUUUUUAUUUGGGGUUUUAAAACUUUUUUAAGGAGGACCCGACCUUAAAAAUUUUUUUAGAACCCUUUUUUCGUUGGCCCCCUGUUUUUUAUUUUUCUUAAAAACCCCCCAAAAAUUUUAAACCUUUUAAAAUUCCCUUUUUAUAAGGGGUUUCUAAAACCAGUUUAAUGGUUUUUUUUUAACACAGUGUUGGCCCUUUAGAAAACCCCCAAACAUUUUACCCUCAGCCACAAUUUUCUUUAUGCAAAUCGACCUUUUUUUUUAAAAAAAAGGUUAGUUUUUUUACCAAAAAUUUAAAUUUUGGGGUUUUUAUCUUCCAUUGACUUUCCCCUUCCUUUUUUUUGGGGUUCCCAAAAGAUUCAACCCUUUCCGGGGCCACUUUUUGGCUUUUUAAAAAUUUUUUCCGCAAAAAUUUCCCGGGGGGCCGGGGUUUUUUGGGGGGGGCCCCGUUUUUUUGGGGGUUUUUUAAAUUUGGGCCCCCCCCCUUCAUCAUUUAUAGGGCCCCCUUUGGGUUUUUUGGGGUUUUUUUCCCCCUUUUGUGCUUUUUUCCCCCGGGGGGAAAAUUGCGGAAAGGUGUGGUGGGGGGGGGGGAAGCUUAUCUAUGACCUGCAGCUGGUUCACUUGGUCCUCACCAUCACCUAAUGCUACUGGUCUGAACUGGACUGGACUGCCAACACUGUGGAUCUCUACUCUACCAGCAGGCCUGCCCCUCUGUGUAAGUAACCUGUACUAACACUUUAUUGUUAAGUAUGUUUUGGGGGGUUUGGAAAUGUUUUUUAUUGUAUUGAUAAAAUAUUGGAAACUCAACUCUCAAUAGUGUUAUAUUUACCAUAAAGUUCUCCAUUUGUUUUAUCCAUUUUGAAAGGGAUGUUAACGACGAUACAACAAGUAAAUUCUAGCACUUAGUCAUGCAGUUGGCAGUAUCAUGCGAUAUAUAUAUAAUUGUAUAGGCUACAAUAGAUUUACUAGUGCUUAAAGUCUAUGACAUUCCAAGUGUCCUGCAACAUUUCUUUUUUAUAUCCAAUGAUUUGACUUUGCUAAAUGGGCAUCAGGGUAUAAAAUGGAAAGUGUUGUUAGUGCUAUAUUGACACAGGUGGAAUUGCCUUUUAUGUUUCCCAGUUCCAAGAAAACAUCCAUUUGAACCACAGAUAUAUGAUAACAGCACACAUUCACCCUCAUCUAUAUGUCUCCUGGUCAGUGUCAAUACAUUACUAUAGAGUCAAGCCCUUCAAGAUCAUAGGUACACAAGGGUCAAGGGUCAUCAUGUACUCUCCUAUUCUGUAGAGACUUGUCAGAUGAGAAUUAAAUGCUGUCCAUACGUUAAUCCUUGCCUUGAGAUGUAUGGAAUAUUUUCAAAUGUGAUCAGACUUCAGUCUGACAAACCUGUUUGUGUGCGUCCUUUUUUCAUAUAAAUUUAUCCUUAACAUCCCGUCAACAAAUAACCAACCCCAAUCAUGAUAUAUCCAUAAAGGCCCAGUAAAACCCGAAGUGUUUUCUUGGGGGAAACAAUCUAUGUAACCCUUCUCAGUCCUACACCGUGCUCAUCUCUUUAUCAAUUAUGUCCUCCCAUCCAGCUAACCUUAAUGGGUUUAUUGCAGGCAUUACCAUGUCUGCUAUUGCCUGGUGCUGAGGAGGAGGACGGAAACAUGGAGGGGGCCAGUGUCUUCAUCACUGUUCAGAAGGUCUACUACCCUUUGCUGUGCAUUUUGGGGAUCCCAGGUGUGUGAAUCUUCUAUAUUGUUUGUGCUGUUUCCUAAAUCUAUAUGUGUCUGUGUGAUGUUCAGAACUUUUCAGGAAUUAUUGUGAGAUAAAUUGAAAGGAAAUGUCACAACUCAAACCGGGAUGCCAUUCUGUUUCUUCUUCCUCAGCCAAUCUCUUCACAUUCUACAUGAUCUGCUUCCGUACGUGUGGAAUGUCUGACACGGCUAUUAUCUAUCUGAGCUGCUUGGCCAUCAUGGACACCUUCUACCUGGUGUGGGUCAUCCUGCUGGACCUGACGCUCACCUUCUGGCAGCUGCAGCCCUUCUGGCACUCCUACCCGGCCUGCGGCAUCAUGGGCUUCCUGCAGUACGGCUCGCUGUACAGCUCCUCCUGGAUCGUGGUGGUGUUUACCAUUGAACGCUACCUGGUCCUCAGCAGCACGUCCGCCAAGCAGCACUUCUCCCAGGCCAAGGUUACUAGGCUGACCUGUGUGUCUAUCAUCCUGGUCUCCCACCUGGCCUCCGUGCCCAUGGGCUGGAUCAAUGUGGUGAUGCCGAAGAAUUUCACCAUAGAGGGGAAGAAUGUGACUCUGCCCUGGUGUCACUACAGGGGCCAUAUCUAUUCUACCGUCCUGGUGUGGGUUACUACUUUCCUCUCCGGUGGUAUUCCCAUCAUCCUGGUCACCAUCUUCAACUCGCUGAUCGGCCACCACCUGACUCAUGCCAGAAGGAUGUUCACCAAGGAGGAGCGGCGGGUCAUGCGGGGGGGGAGCACCAAGGGCAUGGUGCGGAGGACCAUCUUCCUGCUUGGCACAGUGUCGGUGACCUUCGUGGUGCUCAGCCUGCCACGCUUCGUCACCUACUGUAUCCUGCGCACCAAGUACAACCAUGACUGGUUCGACCGGAACGACUACCGCAUUCCCAUCAACGUGAUUAGUGACCUGGCCAACAUGCUGCAGAACCUCAACUCCACCACCAACUUCCUGCUCUACUGCAUGGUGAGCCGGCGCUUCCGCCAGGAGCUGCUCCACACGCUCACCUGCAAGGCCAAGGCCCGAGAGCUGGGCUCCUUCCUCACCCAGACCACAAUGAAGGUGUUCUCUGUGGUGGACCAUAAAACACAGCCGACCAGAGACCACGUCACUGUAGUCCUCACCAACCUCAAACAGACCCAGUAG